AUGGACGAUGAGGAAAUGGAGGAAUUCAACAGCAACAAAGAUUUCGACAUCGAGUACGAUCCCCUAGUCGCCGCGAUAGCUGCAGCAGCGGGUUCCGACGACGUUGGCGAUGAGAAUAUCUCGAUUGUGCAGAGCAAAAGCUUCGUGUUCACACAGGGAUGGGAUUCGGAGAUGAUUGUGGAUUAUAGGAUAAAUGAGGAGGAAUUUCAUAAGAUUAGUUUUAUGCACUGUCAUUUCUUCAUUAGGAAGUCGUCGGAUUCCAACAGCGAUGUUUAUGAUUUUAGAGAGAUGUAUGUUACUCCUCCGGAUACUGAUGUUUAUGUCGUCCCCAAAGUUCUUGCUCCCUCCAAUGCCUCAAAAGAACCACCUAUUGAUGCACCUAGAGAUCCAUUAUACAAGUCUGAAAAGGAGGUUCUUAAGGUUUUCUUGACGAAGCACUUCAAAAUCGAAGGCUGUGGACCUGAAUUUGUCCUAGAUUUUGAGAAAAUAUAUGUAAUUGAUUCAAAACCAAGUCAAUCACUAGGCAAAAGUCCUGUCACACUUCCAGUUCCAGGAGGAAGAGAUAGGGUCAGGAGAAGCGACUUGCUCCGGCUUGAGGAUAUUGCCAAGAAAGCUGAUGGCAUUGAAGUCGUGUUCGGUCGCCUUGACGGACUACCCAUCCAAGAGUUAUUGACUAGAGUCGACGCUCUAAAGUCCCGAGUUAUGAGAACGGGAAAUGUCACCUACGAGCGUGGGGACAGUUAA